CGAUGGGGGCAUGCGCGUCCAAGGACCGCGAUAUGGGGCAGUGGGCGACCGACGAAGCCGCCGAAGCGAGCGCGCACGUCAACGAAAAGCCCGAGGCCCUGCUUCUGCAGCGCCCAGAGAUUCCAGCCACGUCGGUCGUCGAUCUGAGCCCGGCCUUUCCGUCGCUGAUCGCGACGGCCUGGGACGACGGCAGCGUCAUGAUCAUUAACAUCAUGAUCAUUGACUGGCAGUCGCGCGAAGUGCUCAUGUCCUUGCCAGCGCACGCGAAGACGCGAAGCUUGUAUGCAUGUUCCCGGGACACGACGAUAUCGCAGCAGGCCAUUGCCAGCAGCGACGUGCCAGCUGCAGCGCCGCAGUCGUUCACAGGUCAUACCUUGUCGGUGAGCGCAAUUGCCAUCAACGCGCCCGAGACGCACUUGGCCUCGGGCAGCCGCGACACGGGUACGAGCCUCUGGGAUGUUACGACGGGCACCCGCGUGCAGCACACGACGACGUCACAGAACAUUGUGACGUGCAUGACGUGGGUGCCGCAGUGCGAGACACUCGUGGCGCAGGGCGGCGAAGACCUCUGUGUGCGCCUUUGGGACGCCCGGAGCUGGAAGUCGCCGGCGCAAACCAUCCAAGGCUACGUGUAUUUUCCACUUUCAAUUGACGCGAGCGACGACGGCAACUACCUCCUCACGUCCAGCAAAGGCUUCAACGGUGUCGGGUGCGAAGGCCGCGUCUGGGACCGACGAACAGGCAAGCUCGUGACGGAGAUGCAUGUCCACCUCCAAGACGCCACUGCGUGUGCCUACGUACGCCACAAGAAUGCAUUUGCCGUCACUGCGUCCAAGGACAGCUCGCUCCGCAUCUGGAACAGCGCCAGCGGUGAGCUCGUUGCUUCGUCGUUUGAUCAAAGCUCGGGCAUGUUCACGGGUGUUGCGUGUCAGUCGCUUGAGAGUAGCGAUGUGGUGAGGGUCUUUACGACCUCGUUUGCGGGCAUGUGGCCGCCAACCGACACGUCGUGA